AUGAGGGAGGAGGAUUCCAAUUGGUUCGCUCGAUGGGAAGAGGAGCUUCCCCCGCCGGACGAGCUCAUGCCAAUCACUCAAACCCUAAUCACUCCCGAUCUCGCCCUCGCCUUCGACAUCCGGAAUCCCACCAACUCCUCCGCGGCAGCGGCCAGCAAUUCGCUCCACCAGAAUCAGAAUCAGCCGGUCCCGCCGCCGCCGCCGCCGCCGCCGCCUCUACCGACAUCCAGCGGCUUGCCUUCUCCCAACGGGAACCCUUCCCUGGCGACUUCACAGCACAACUCGUCCGAAUUCGCCGCCGACUCCUCGGCGGAGCUGGGGUCCGGCACCGGGGGCGACGAGCCGGCAAGGACGCUGAAGCGGCCGAGGCUGGUGUGGACGCCGCAGCUCCACAAGAGGUUCGUGGACGCCGUCGCGCACCUGGGGAUCAAGAACGCGGUGCCCAAGACGAUAAUGCAGCUCAUGAGUGUGGACGGGUUGACUAGGGAGAAUGUCGCCAGUCAUUUGCAGAAGUACCGGCUCUACCUCAAGAGGAUGCAGGGGUUGUCUUCCGGCGGCGGGGGAGGCGGCGGCGGGAGUGGCGGGGGGUUGAGUGGUGGUUCGUCUACCGUUGGUGUGGAUGCCGCUACCGACCAUUUGUUCGCGAGUUCCCCUGUCCCGGCGCAUUUCUUGCAUCCCGGUAGGCCGCCUAAUUCCGAUCAUUUCUUGCCGUUUGUUCCUGUUAGCGCCCUUCAGCAUCAUCAUCACCAGCAGCAGAUGGCGGCGGCUGCCGCAGCGGCCGUUGCUCAUCCGCAGCUGCAGGGUCAGUACCAUAGGCAGCUGGGGCAUUUUGGGUCGCCACCCAAUGGGCAAUUCGAUCAUUCGUUUCUGUCUAGGCCGGCGGCGCAGCAUCAGGCUGUGCAUAGAAUGGGGCCGCCGGUGCACAAUGCGGCGGUUCCAGGGUAUGUGGAGGAUUUGGAGUCUGCAAAUGGAAAUGGUGGAAGGAAAGUUCUCACUCUGUUCCCCACUGGAGAUGAUUGA